UGUUGUGUAACAUUUUCGGGCGUCUCUGACUUUUAGUACGUACGGCAGUCAAGAUUGCCGAGGGUAUAUUUUCCUAAAGUGAAAGUAGAAUCUCGUGACGGGCACUUAGGAACAAACGCUUACACAAGAGUUCUAAUUUCAUGUCAAGGGGACAGCUUGAUAAGGCGGGAUAUAAGUCCCUGGAAAAUCGUCGCAGUAGGUCUGUCUGUUGCUCUUGCUGGACAAGAAAACCUUGGUAUUUUAAGAUGGCGGUUGGAAUCUCUGGCGUUCUGGUUGUGGCUGUAGUGGGCCUAUUAAUAGGACUGGCUGCUUCAGGACCGCUACAUGCCUCUUGUAAAAUUGACUGGACUUUUGGUAUUACCUGUGAUGAAGUGAGUUCUAAAAUUAAGGGUCAAAUUUCUGCCUGGACCACAGCAGAUAACUGUGCCAACGGAGGGGAGAAAUGUCUCUACAAGUUUGUGAGUGCAUCAGCCAAUCAACUAAAAGCAAAACACGAGACACCAGUAAAACACUACGUGGAUGACUUGACCUUCACCUUUUCACCAUCAGGAGCAAGCUGCAAUGUUCAUGGAUUCUCCACAUCUGAGACGUGGUAUGCAUUGCUUGACUAUGGUACAAAUUACUGUAAUCUUCACAACCUUAUCACAGGGUCUGGGCUGGACAAAGUCAGUGGUUAUACAGAGGUGACAAGUAACAGUGUGUGUACCCAGUUCUCAUCUGCCAACUGUACAAUUUAUUAGUCUAAAAGAAUUAGACAUGAGAUAUAUGUAAUUGUACAUAGUGCAUUUAAGUGUCUUUCAUUUUAUAUGCUCCAUUAUGGCACACAUGUGUAUCUUUAUAGAUGCCUGUAUUGCUGUAUUUAUCAUUUGUUAUCAGAUGUACAGUGAAUACAUACAUGUACAUGUAUUACACUACUUGAGAAUUAGAGGAAGCUAGUAGACAUAUUACCAAAUUGCUCUUGUAUUUAUAUUUUAUUAUUCAUUUUCAUAAAGUGUAUAUACAUACAUUUACUAUUUCACUAGAUUGUACAAUUUUGUAAUCUCUGGUUUAAUGAUAAAUGUUUUGUUUGUCCAAUAAUAGCAUCAACAGUCCCUCAGCAAUGUCCGUUGUAUUGUUUGGAUGUUUAUACUUUGAUAUUAGAUUGUUUCACACUA